AUGUCCAGCAUCUUUCUUUUCGCCCAAGAUCACGGGAAAGGCGAAAGCUCUUACUGUCAAUUGCAAAGUGAUCUACACGAAAAGUUGAAAGAGAUUUCAGAUCAAAUCAAACGAGAUGGUGUUUCUAUUCCAGAUGUUCUACGUCCAUUAACACGAGAUUCUAUAGCACAGUGCGUUAUAGGCCCUUCGCACAUUGCCUUCCUUUUGGAGGAUGGUCAAGUAUGUCGUGUGGCUUACACCAUAAACUCGGAUCGUUUGUCCCAGAAGGCUGACCGAAAGCGAAAGCAAGGAAUGUCAUGCUCUGACUCUUCUAGCACAGUUAGAGAAGGAGCUCAGACCCGUACAGGAAGUACUCAACAUGGGACUCGUUCAUACAGGCCACCUUUAAGUGUCCUUGGCAGAACCUCUCGGGGGAUUAGCUUCUUGCGUGAAAUGCACCGUCAAGGAAUUUACCUUGCGAGACCAGUUACACAUCAAAUACCAGAAAGCGAAAUUCCAGAGGUUUUGAUUGAGGAAUGUCAAACUGUUUUGCAAGGGAAAUCACGUCAAGUAAUCGUGCGUGAACUACAAAACACGAAUUUGGACGUCAAUAUGGCAGUGAAUAACUUACUUUCUCGUGAUGAUGAGGCAGAACAAGGCAAUGGAGGAAAUUCUAGCGACAGCAAUAUUCCUGGAGGUGGUGGUGGAAAUUCAGAUGAUUGGGACGAUGAGGCCGUCGAACUACUCUCCUUUUUUGAAUAUCCUGAUAGCCAUGGGCUUUUUGAAAAUGAUGGGUUAACAGCUGAUGAAAUGACUGGACCUCCAACAUCUCCACGUUUUCGUGGUGACUUAACAUCCGAUUAUGAAUACAGCUUCCUUAGUGAUCGUCGGAAACGUAGGCGUAUGGAGUGUCAUCUAUACAACAGAAGUAAUGAGCUUUACUCUGGACGCACCGGUUCUGCCACCAAUGAUUCAACGUACAAUAGAUCGAUCACAGACUCACUGAGAAAUACAACUGCCUCAGAUUCGGUAAAUGAAGGUGUCAAACACUCUACCACUUCUACUCGUUAUUAUGUUCAGUUAUGUGAUGUACUCGAAUUCUGGCCAGAUCCUGAGAAUUCAGAGAUGAAUUUGCACUUUGUUCAUAUUGUAGCUAUGCAUUCGGAAUUAGUUGCACUAACUGCUUGGGGAGAAUUACACCAAUGGCGUUGGGCAGACACUACACCUUUUGUUAUGCAAAACACUACACCUGUGAAUCCAACAAAUGCAAAAGAUGUCAGUGAUAAGAAAUCAGGUCAACAUUCUGAUGUUUUAGAUUCGGAAGGACUGACGGAACAAAGUUUUUCUAGAGUGUAUCAUCCACGAGUUUUAGACCUUGGUUUGAUGGAAGAAAAAAUAAUAAAACUUUCCGGUUGUUCAACACGAGCGACUGUGUUAACGGCUACAGGAAAGUUCGCCACAUGGAUGGAUGAGAGUCUUAUCCAGUCGUUACCUGUAUCUUCUUAUAUAUUGGGUUCAUCAUCUGGUUCCUUAGGAAUAGAGCAUCGAGUUGUUUGGUUUCCUGAACUACGCGAUGAAGCGGUUGUCGAAAUUCACACUGCUCCUCUAGUGACUAUUAUCCGUUGUUCAUCCGGUUCAGUAUAUUGGUGGGGUGCAUAUCCUUCGUAUAUGAGGCAGCGGGCGAUUGAAAAGAUGCGACAGAAUCGUAUCUCUACUGUUUCAAAGAGAAAUAAUGCAGCAUCUAGAAAUCCUGUGAAUAGUCGAUAUUCUUUAUCUCAGCAAAGUAGUAGCAACUGUGCUACUGAAACGUCAAGUUCUACUACAGGAGAGAUCAAUGUCCAAAACGUAAAUGAUAUGUUAAGUUCAAGUGCUGACGUUGUACCGGGUUCAUUCGUUUGUAUACGAAGUGCUCCAAUAUUUCAUGCCGGAGCGAUUGGAUUUACAGUGAUUGGUGGAGUACCAAAAGUUGGGACAUUGCUUGAAGAUGCCUGGAAAACGACAGAUGUUUGUCGAUUCCAAGUUAAUGUUAUAAACUCCAAUUCACUCCUAUCAGGAAUUCAUGAAGGUCCUUUCCAUCCUCCUGCUUUGUCGCCCGAUUCCUCACAACACUUGCUAACCUGUCCAUAUGCAUUGGGACUAUCUAUUCACACUCAACCUACUUCAGGGCAGUGCCUCGGGUCGUUGGGUUAUAAUGCCUCCUCGAUUCAGUUAUCUAGUGAUCAAGUGGCUGUUUCUUCAAGUGGAAGUAAUUCAACGUUGACAUUUCAAGAAAUGCCACCUCCACCGUCUCCAGCUUCCUCCACGUGUAGCGAUCAGUCAGGUCCAGUAAGAGUUAGUCCUGGGACAUUUAAGAGAAAGAAGGUACCUAGCGUGUCAGGAGAUCGUGGUGAGCGGGUCAUUGCAGAUUGGGAUGUUGGUAACCAGAAUAACAGUCGUAACGUGCGUGGCCGUUCCGCUGAUCGUGAUUCUUCCAUCGGCGUUUCAGUCAGUGUUGCUACCAAACGUAGUUCUGCUGAUAUGAGUAAUGAUACUGAUGUUAAUAUCAAAUUAGAUGGAGGAUGUAGUCGAGGAUCUAGCAACCUUACUGUUACCGAGGAAGAUUGGUGUUUAAGCGAUGUUGUUUUUGUCGAAGAUGGACGAACUCAACCUGUGGGUAUUGUUCUCAAGGUGGAUGGAAACAUUGCGGCUGUCAAGUUUUUGAAGGAGCAGGAACGGUCUUGUGUUGCUGCUAAUUGUCCGUAUUCGCCAGUAUGUGCUCUCAUAAACACCAUUUUAGGUGUUGGUUCUGUAUCAACAUCAACGACACCUAACUCCUUUUCUCAAUUCUCUCAAGCAUCUGCAGAUCCUAUGAGUUGGCUUAAUGACUGUCGACUACUACGCAAAGAGGACUUGACCAUUGUUCGAAAUGCUGGGUCGGUGCGUGUCCCCGAUGUGAUUCAACGUACUCCUAGACGUGUGUUUGCUCAUCCGAGUAGUGGUUGCGGUCGUAAUCCAGGUGAUUCAAAAACGUUGAAAACAUUAUCCUCACAUGCUCCGAAAAUCUUAGCGAUUGCAGCUGAGAACAGCCGUAUUCAUGUCAUCGUGGAACAAGCAGAAGGUGGAUCUCAUCAGUCUGCUUUGUAUCAGGUUUACAAUUUGUCAGGAAAGCUAAUCAUCAAUCAAAAAAUGCCAGUAAGUGCUUCUGCACUUAAACCUGUUUCAGCAAUAAACGAACGUUCAGCCACACUAAUCUGUCCGUCUGAACAUCCAUUGCUGUUACGAGACCCUGGUGGUCUUGUUUUGCCAUUCAUCCCACCUUCAAGAACGGCCAACCAUGAAACGUGGACCAGUCCACUUCCGGUUGAUCUUCCUCCUGUUCAGUGUGCAUCUUUCUCUUGGAUUAGAAAUAAUCUGCUUCCUUCAGUCUCAGGAAAUACAAAUGGGAGGCAGUCAACAAAAUCGCAAAAUGAGCAGCAACCGCGUUGUCUUUUCGGCCUAGUCGUUGUUCAAGAUCAAACUUUGAUGCAACAUAUCUUGCGUGCUAACGAUGUACAGGUUGAACGAUUGUUAGCCAGUGAUAUGCUUCCAGGUGAAAGUCUUAAACUAGCUUGUGAACUUGCAGAUGGACGGCGUAAUUUACUUCAUAUGGCUGUGUCAAUGUGUGCACCACAAUCUAACCGUGAGGCAAGUGUUGAUUGGUUGUCAAAACUUGAACCUAUUCUUACAAGUCCCACUUUACGUUCUUCAUUUGAAGAUAAGAACAAAGUGGUCAAGGAACCUAAUGAAUCUUCUGAUGCUUCUGUAACAAAAGUUGUUAAUUCGAAUAGUUCCAGCCGUCAACCCUCAUUUUGGUCAUCUGUAGCUCGUUCAUCAGGUGGCUCCGGUUGUUUGAGUAUGCAUGAAUUAUUUAUCCGAUCUUCAAUUGAAGCUGCAACUGUGGCGGCUGCAGCAGCUUUAUCCAACUCGUCUUCACGUUCAGAUUCUGAAGUGCGCACCAGCACGGCCACUAACAUUACUGCUUCAUCUGGUAAUGGGAUUAAUUUUUGGCAUCUUCCUCCAGUACGAAAAGAUGAGCUUACUCGAAGAAUGGCUUCAUACCGUAUAAUUCGGCUUUUGGUUGAAAGUCGAUAUUUAUUGCCGAGCUUUAUUCCCCUUCUAACUGCACGCAAUACGGAAGACCUUACACCUUUUAUGUUGGCAAUUAAAAUACGGGCAUAUAGCGUUGCUCGGUUUCUGUAUGAUUCUGUUCAUUGCUUUCUUGGUAUCCCUAGUGAUUCCAGUUUGCAAGGUUUACUAAAGCUUCCUUUAAAUGAAACUUCCGGUAGUGUUCCAAUAGAUUUCUUUUCUCCAACAAAUCACAAACCAGAUGAUUCUCCACUUUUCCAACUUUGCUAUAACGAUACUUGCAGUUUCACAUGGACUGGUCCGGAUCAUAUCAGACAGGAUAUCUUUGAAUGUCGGACUUGUGGUUUAAUGGACUCUCUGUGUUGUUGCACAGAGUGCGCACGUGUUUGUCACAAAGGCCAUGAUUGUCGUCUCAAGCGAACCUCUCCAACAGCCUACUGUGAUUGUUGGGAAAAGUGCUCUUGUCAGAGCCUUGUCGCUGGAUUUCAAGCUCCACGUCAUCAGUUAUUUUAUCGUCUAUUGUCUGAAACUAAGUUAGUACAACAUCGAAAUGGUCGUGGAGAACAUUUAUUACUUUAUCUAGCUAAGUGUAUGGAGCGUCAAGCACGAGAACAACGACAACAUCGUCCAUCCAGACGUCGCCUAAAUUCCAAUGCAAACCGAACUAAUUCAGUUAGUAAUCCACCUGUUACUUCUGCAACAAACACAGUCUCAAACUGGGAAUCAAAUAAUGGAGCUCAGAAUACCGGACCAGAAGAGCCUGAUCAUGAUUUGGAGCCUCCUCGUUUUGCUCGCGACGCCUUUGAGUUGGCUCUUGAUUGCCCUGCUGCUGUUUAUAGUAUACUGACGUUAGAUAAUAAUUCAGAUAAUUUAUCAACUGGUUCUCCUGAACAUAAAAGUGGUUUUAUUAGUGAAGAUCAGGUGUUUCUGUCAUCUCAGGGAGGAACAAAUCAACUGGAUGAUUUCGUAUUUUUACUUAUUUGUAAGUGUCCCCCCGAAAUGACUGACAUUCUACUGUCUACUUUAAAUCGAAGUAUUGUGAAUCAUCCUUCAAACGUCGAAGACAAAAAAAGAAAAGCUUCAAGUAAUAGUUCUCCAUCCAUAAUACUGAGUACCUCAGGAUAUUCUAAAUAUGGCGAUUAUCCCACAUCUGCUGAAAUGACGGCAGCAGCCCGUCGAUUUGUGCGUUCUGUGGCUCGUAUAUACGCAUGUUUGUAUUUGGAAUUGGCUCCAGAUCAAAAAAAGAAAAGUCGUUUGGGUUUGGCUCAACCGACGCUUUUGGAUCUCUGUCGGCGAAUAUUUAGUACCCUUGCUCCAAUUGCUAUUAGUGAACUACCGGUACUUGCUGCUAGCCUUCUUGUCCCCAUUCGUACGGGUACUGUUCGUCCAUGCGGAUCGUUUUUGCUUACAUCUCAGUCAAGUGAAAUCAUAUCGGGACUUGAAUUGUUAAUUAAUGCUGAAAGGAAUAAUUUUACGCGCCAGCAAUUGCUUUCUUCUAGUGAAUUCACGAAAUCCGAUGAUCUACCCAAUAGAGGAGUACAAAGAUCCAUGAGCAUCGAUGAUGAUGGAUAUAGGCAUCAUUCGAACUUCAAUGUACAAACAGCAUACCAUAGUGAUGCAGAACCUAUGACGAUACAACCUAUACGUCACCAGAAUGUUGUAUCUACACUACAUGUCGAGUUAACUUCUCCUCACGUUGCCAUCUCUGAUGCUUUGGAGUCUGAUACUAACAAGUAUGUUCAUACAGAAUCGAAUGUUGAAGCUGCAUCACCAAAUACAAUCACGUCUUCAAUAAAUGACCCUUCAUUACUAACUCUUCAAAUGCAGUCCACUAUCACUGAUAUAGAGACAAGCGUUUCUGAUCAUGCUCAAACGGUUAUGAAUCCGACAACUAAACAACUCCCUUUGAAUACAGCUGCAUCGUCUGUUGCAAAUACUGCAAGUCGUAGUUCAGUAAAUUUCGUCUUUGGUCCAAAUUUUUCAGUUGCCAGCUGCACAGAGUCACAAUAUCAUAUUCAGCCCCCUGUAACUUCUGGAGAGUCGCAUGCAUCUCCAACAUAUGGAUCUGUUGAUGAAAACACUGCUGAGCGGGAGAAUCUUACAAGGAGAACAGAAGGUUUAGAAGCUACUCAUGAUGGGACUGUGGAUUUAGGAACCUGGUCUUAUUCACGACAGGAGUCAUCAUACCAUUCUCAUGUAUUUCCGUUGAUAACGGAUGAUAGUGUUGUAAACGAUACAUCUGAUAAUGAUGUUACUUUCCCCAGUGGUUCUAGACGUCGUGUGACCGUAUCCAACGGUAACAACUUAUCUAAACGCCGACGAACCAUGGAACCAGAUGUUACCUCACCAGAUUCUAGGGAUGAUACUAUUCAGGUCGAUCCCCAAAUAACUUAUUCGCUAUCACCGUCGGCCCAAGAUGAACUUCCACUGUCUAUCCUGGAAACGGAUGGAGCUGUCAGUCAAACAAGCAGUACAGCUGUUACAUUAGGUAGCACCACAGACUUGGAUAUUGGGUCAGAGUUGUCAUCCAAUUUGAAUGUAGAACUGCAUCCAGCAACUAGCUUUUCUACAAAUAUGAUAUCAUCUCAAUCGCAUCAGCGCACCUCCGAAGUUUCUGAUCGACAACAGGAAGAGAUUGGAUUUAGUCAACUGCUCAACUCUGACAUUGAUCUUUAUCAGUCGUCACUGACUAUUCAAGAUGGAUCUCUAGCCGGUGAACGUGGUGGUGCCAUCAGUGAACAGCAAAAUGAUAUUGGUUUUUCUGUUUCUAACCAGUCCAACACUUUCCAAGUUGAAGAUGCUUCUGAUGGUCAAGCUUCAGAUUAUGAUGAAUACGAUGAGCAAGAUGAUGGGGAUGAUGGUGACGAUCAUGAGGAUGAUGAUGAAAAUGAAACUGAAGAUGAAGAUGGUGAUCAGGAUGUUUAUGUUGAUGGGGAUCAACUCAUAGAAGGGGAGGAUGAUGAAGACGAUGAGGAUGAUGAGGAUGAUUCUUCUCAUCACAGUGAUGCUUCAAGUGCUGAUGCUGGAAGCCGAUCAACAUCUCCUACUUGGGUAUCAUGGCCAAGAACAUCGGUAUUUUCUCGUUUAAGUUCCCGAGCUACCUCUCAAAGUUCGGAACCUGUAGUUACCUCUUCAUGCACAACAGAUGCUUUGAAUAGCAUCCGUUACAACGCCAGCGAACUAAAUGCAGUGACGACAAGUCAAAGUUCGACAAACAUUACUUCCGUCUCUCUUCAAGGACGCAAUUCUUCUAGUUUGAUCUCAGGUCGUCGUGCUGUUCAAUCAGUGAUUAGUCUUUUGAAUACAACAACGUCUUCUGCAACACCAACUCUGGUUAUCACAAGCACUGGAAAUGUGAACAACACUCCUGUCUCCACUGAAACUGCUGUUACAAAUUCCACUACAUCUGUCACCACUCCAGCUGUUUCUGCCACUGUGGGGUGUACAAUGAUGACACAGGUUUAUUUGUGUCGUGCAUUCGCUUCUCUUUUGCGUAUAACUGCCGAUCUUCUUACUGAACUUCAAGGAGAAUCAGGUCACUAUUCAAGUACUUUACGUCGUUGUACAUCAGUUCCCACUAGUAUUGGUCUUCCUAUGACUAUUUAUGAACAACAACGCCGUUGGCCUAUUUACUGCUCAUCUAUUUUGGUAGCUACCUCAACCGCAUCAGUUAACACCCAACCUCUUGUAUUGUCUUCAAACAACAUUCUCCCUUCAGUUUCUCGCCAAAAUUCUACCUCCACAGAUUAUCACUCGUCAACUCUCAGGGGUCGUUUAUUGAAAUCAUGCGCGUCAGCCGUUUGUUUAUCAACUGAACCAACUAGCUCUAUGAAGUUGGAUUCGGAUUUUCAUAGUUUGCAGCUGGUGGCUUCGGUUGGUGUCGCUCUAAUCCCUGUGUGGCAAUGGGUGACUUCAGCUAUGGAUAAUCUAGAAGCUCAAUUACGUUUUUCCGCUUCUUGGGAUGCAUACUUUUCUGGCAGAAGUAGUACAAAAGGCGCACCGAAGAAUUCCAGUGAAAAUCAAGAUGGUUCUGCCUAUUCCAUGCGGGAUAUUCCCAAUUCAAAUCUUUCACAAACUGGUAGUGAUGUAAACACCAGACGCGGUUAUGCUUCAGGGUUAAACUCCAGAAGACCUACUCUACCGAAUACGUCGUCGUCAUCCACAGUGAAUUCGCGCUUACCUUCAAUUGAUAUUUCUGUUGGUAGUAAUAGUACAGACAGUGCAGCGGUCAUUAUUGGGCAGCGGCAUGACUUCUUAGCCUAUUUGUUUUCGAUAAUGCGAGCUUCAGUAAACAAACAUCUUGCUUAUAUUUUGGAUGCUUUGCUAUAUUUCUUCCGUGCAUUCGAAUCUUCUUGGCCAUCUGGUAUUACACGACAAUUGAAAUUGAUAUUGCCCGAAUUAAAUAGUGUUCACGAAGUAAAAGAUUCACAGCAGACGUGUGUUCAGGAAACUGGCAAGUCAUCAGCCUCAUUCGCACUUCGUAACCCCCAAUCGUUGUGUUCCAGCAAAAUCCCAGAUUUCAAUACUAUUUUUAUACCUGAUCACACCGCUCAGCGCAGCGAUCCGUUUUUCCGACGUUCAGAAAGUAUUUUAUCCUUAUCAGGUCUUGGUCCUGAUUUACUAGAUGCACCCUUAUCAGAAUCUCUACCUCUAGCACUACAGCCUCAGUUAUUACAACCUACGUCUGGAAGAGCUGAAUUAUUUGGUUGUGAUCGGCUUAUACCUGUUAAAUCAGCCACUAAUUUUUCCAACACGCGUAAAAAUGAUCAAAUUCCAAUGCAUAUGAAUGCAAUGUCAAGUACAUGGGGUGAACGAAUGUGUACUGGUUAUACCACAAAUGUUUUAGGCCUUGAUGGUGAAAAUUUCGAGUUCCCAUCCUUUGUCAUACAACAGUUAAUGGUUGGCGCAAAGUUUUUGGAUUCCGUUGGACAUUCUGCUACUCUUCUUUCACGAUGGUGCUCAUCUUUGGAAUUUUUUGGACGUCAUUUCACUCCUGAUGUAGGUACUGAACAAGGGAGUUAUAUUUUUGAACUUGGCGGAUUUUCUCUAAAGGAAGGUCGGUUUAGAAAACAAAUGGAACGUCUUCGCAACUUGUCACGCAAGGAUCUAGUUUUGGAGGUUGAACGAGAACGUGAUCCACUGAUCGUAAACACCAUCAAAUCGUUAAAUAUGGAGUAUUCCAAGCGUCAGUCUCAGGCGCCAUUAAGUAACUUUAGUAGUUCACCAGGUGGUUCAGUAUCAAACGUAAGCAAUCCACCCCUUUAUUAUACGAAUGCGAACACUCAACAAAGAGAUUCAUCUGUGACUCGUUCUAAUGUGAAUACAAGUCAUGGGGGUAUCGCUAUCCUUCUUGGAACUACAACUGACUCACCGUUACUGGGGACAUUGUUUAGUGCUAGUCCAGCAACUCCAACGUCUCUAGUCGCUACAAGUUCAACCACUUCCGGACAACAGGGAAUUCUAUCAUGUCGCCGUAUCAAAGUUACUUUUAAGGAUGAACCUGGAGAAGGUAGUGGUGUUGCCAGGUCGUUCUUUACUGCAUUUUCAGAAGCUGUUUUGUCUCAAGAAUCCUUACCUAACUUGAGUUUAUUUAUUCAGCAAAAUUCGAACUCUGCAAAUAAUCAACCACCACAUUUCCAUCGUCAUUAUACCGUCUUGAAUCGGUCUCAAACCAAUAACUGUGGUAAUAGAUCAACUUCGGUUUUGGUGCAGUCAACAGCAUCUAGUGUGUUCCAACCGUCACCUCAGUCUGUAACAAGUAACUCUAACACUGUUCACUCUCAAACUCUAAUGUCUAGCUCUGUAACCAGUGGACUGACCGGACAACACGUAAUACCUUUAACAACAACGACUCAAACUCCUGUUUCUUUUUAUUCGUAUCAAGUUCCUCGACUGCAUACAUACACAGUUGGAUCACGUACUAGAGUAAGUGCUUGGCGACGAUCUGGAAGGCUUUCUGCGAAUGCCCCUCCGUUCUAUCCAUCUGUUACUCAUACGGUUCUGUCAGCAGCUGAUUCCAAUUCUGAAGCCAGUUCUCGUAAUCCAUCGCCAGUUCGAAAUUCUGAAAUCUCAGUUACCAAUACCUGCAGUGUAGAAAUUUCUUCCGCAUCUAAACUUCUGGAUACAUAUGCCUCAGCUCAGCCUACUAGGUCUAGCACCAGCGCUUCACCAGGAUUAAGUCCUGGACGAAAUCAAGAUCCAUCUGACAUUUCACCAUUUAUUUCUGAGCCAUCUAACUCGAUUCACUCAUCUGAUACUGGCAACUGUAGCUCUCUGUUUACUCGAAGUGAUACAACAGAUGGAAAGUCUGUAGGAAAUCGACUAUUCACACGUAUUCAGCCUCUAGUAAAAAGUGAGCAUCUGACUGCGCGAAUCACUGGAAUGCUGCUUGAAUUGCCGUCUUCAGAGCACGCAGUUUUGCUAACAAAUGAAGAAGCAUUGUGCAAUCGUGUUGAUGAAGCUAGAGCGCUGAUAACAAUGUCCGAUACAAAUGAACAACAUCUUAGUGGUCGUCCGCGAAUUUUUCCAAUAUCUGCUAACCAACGACUUCUGGAUCGGGUGGUAAGUUGGCGUGGCAGGACUUUGACUGUGUUCGGCACUACUCCUACUACUAUCUCUCAACCCGACUUAUCGUCGCCUUCAAGUUCAACUACAGAGUUACUCACACCGGAAGAUAUAGAACGUGUUCCGCUUUUCUGGCAACCUGGACUACAAGGUUAUUAUUUCCCACGAGCUGUUCCUAGUAGUAAUGUAGCUUCAAAUCAAACAUGCGACCCAGUUAAACUAGCUGCACGUUACUCAAUAUAUAGGGGUAUUGGUCGUGUUAUUGGUUUGUGUUUGCUGACAAAUGAAACUUGUCCUUUACACUUCAGUCGACCUGUGCUCAAGUAUAUUCUUGGUCGCGUUGUUCAUUGGCAUGAUUUCGCUUUUUAUGACCCCACAACGUUUGAAGGAUUGCGUCAGCUUCUUCUUCAUACGUCUGACGACUCCUUGAAGCCUUCGGGAAGUAUACCAGAUUACAAUCUUACUUUCUCACUUAUACCUGCUUUGGAAGAAGGCGGUGUGCCGUCCACAGAUGUGGCUCGCGACCCUAAUGCUUCUCUGUAUACCCUGGUUCCCGGUGGAGAUGAAAUUGAAGUGAAUGAAAGUAAUGUAUUCGAGUUUGUUAAAAAGUAUACAGAAUUCAAGAUGAUAACAGCAGUUCAGGAACCAUUAGAGCAACUUCGACGAGGUGUAUUUGAUGUACUACCCCGAAAUGCAUUGGAUGGACUGACCGCUGAAGAUCUACGUUUACUGCUAAAUGGUACCGGCGAUAUAGAUGUUGAUGUUUUGUCUGGAUAUACAACCUUUCUGGACGAGACAGGUACAGGAUCGAGCGUGGACUUAACCAAAAGUUGUGAUAAUACCAACUUAGUGAACCGUUUGAAAAAAUGGUUUUGGAGCACUAUUCGCAAUAUGGAUAUUAAACAACGUCAAGACCUGCUUUACUUUUGGACGUCAAGCCCAACCCUUCCUGCUAGCGCACAAGGGUUUCAGCCAAUGCCAUCAGUGACAAUAAGACCACCAGACGAUCACCAUUUACCUUCCGCGAACACUUGUAUUUCGCGUCUUUAUAUACCACUAUAUUCAUCAAGACAUAUCCUCCGAGACAAGCUGUUGCAGGCAAUCGGGACAAAAAGUUUUGGAUUUGUAUAA